AUGAACGAGUCGAAUGUCGACGUUUCGCGCAACCGUCGUGGAUCGCUGGCCUCACAGAUGAAGGAAAUGAAUAUCAAUGACGCUUUUGAGCGGAACAUCAAGCAUAAUAGUCCGCAGGUGAGUAUGUGUCGCUCCAUAUUGUGCAAGCCUAUGAGGAAGCGAACUCUCGAGGACAUUUACGUGCUCAAGACUUUGCUUGCCUCGUCUAAACUACUUAGAUUUUUCGCCAAUUUGGACGCAUUUAAGCUAGAUCGACUAUAUCAGUCGCUUGAAUUUAUUGCGUAUGCUGAAAAGGGAACUUUUGUUUUUCACGAGGGCGAUGAUGGAGAUAACUUUUUUCUUGUCUUUUCUGGCCAAGUGGAAGUGAUGAAAAAGGAUAUGGUCAAUUCAGCACAACUGAAUCAUCUUGCUUACAUGAUUCCGGGAGAUACCUUUGGAGAGAAAGCAUUAAUGUCCACAACUGAUGUACGCACUGCAUCUGUAAUUACAUCAAGCGAAUCUACAGAACUUGUUGUGAUCAAUCGUGAGGUGUUCAGCGAUCUACUUAAAGAGUCACAUAAUUCGAGUAUUCCGCAUACGCUCGAGGUAGCCAAGAGAUUUCGCAGUAAUAAAGAUCUUGUACGAAACAUAUUUAUGAGAAGCGCUGCACAGCGAUCCGACAAAGAAUUGAAAAUUGCGGUCGAGUACUUGAACAGCGUCAAAUUUUUCUCGCGAUUUUCUUUUGAAGUCCGAAAGCAGCUUUGCAAGGUCUUGCAUCUCAUUAGUGCUGUCACAAACACCGUAAUAUUUUCUGAAGGUCAAGUAGGGCGACAUUUUUAUAUUAUCUUCACCGGUUGUACGGACGUAUCUGUGCAUACAAAAAAUCGUUUUGAUGAAACGAAAGAGAUAGUUGUCUCAAGGCUUGGAGAAGGUGAUUACUUUGGCGAGCUGGCGCUCUCCCAGGUUGAUGGUAUCCGCCGUGCCACAGUAGUGUGCACUGAGUUUUGUGAGCUGCUUAUCCUAGGCCGUGACGAUUACGAGCCCUUAAUUCAAAAGUACCAAAACGAAUAUCAUGCACAAUACGCACAAAUGCUUAAAAGAAACCCAUACUUUAGAGGUUCCGAGUGGGAUGACAUUACCAUUGAGGGCAUGUGCUCGGUCAUGACUGAAAAAUAUAUUCCGUGUAAUGGUGAAAUUUGUAAGCAGGGAUCACGUGCUAGUGAGCUAUUCAUUGUUAGAAGAGGAGAAUGCAGACUCAUUCAUGAAGGAAAAAACCCUGUUACAAAUGCCCGACAAAUCUAUGAGCUAGGUAGAUUUGGUCCUAAUUCUGUUCUCGGCUGCGCGGAGGCGUCAGCCGGAAAAUUUAAUGACAUUUUCGUUCGUCUUGGCUUUCAACCAUCGCAGCGCGAACGUGUCGUAGGACACUCAGUCUAG